UAAUACGGAAACAGACUAAAGGAGGUUAACAGACUAAAGCCCAAAGGAGGUUAACGAGUAACAACUUAUUUUCUCGCUUGGCCGCCUUCCGCAGUUCCACUGCAUGCCAUUCGAAUCCCUCAUUCCUCAGGCCUCAAGCCUUCUUGUGCAGAGUUGCCUUCAUCCCUUCACGACUUCACUGCCUGUCUGCCUUAGCCCUCAGCACUCAAGCCAAUCAGCCUUCAGACUCUUCAGAACAAUUGUGCAUUUCUUCGAACGGGCUAAUUAGGUAUGUUCAAUUCAGAUUUGGAUGCUCUCCAGCACGGCACUGUGCCUAGGGCAGAUCCUACAUCAGUAAGAACACUGAGGGAGGGGGUGACAUGUACUCUGUUUUGCAUCUGAUGGCUUAUGAAAGGAAGGCACCUACUUGGCUGCCAAAACCAGGCAGAGAAACCUGAUCUGUUCAAUUCAAGGCUUGAACUGCACAUGUAACUAUUAUCUCUAUCUGGGUUGAAGAUUAUUUUUUUCUGGAUGUGGACCCACGUGAAACCAAACAAUAUUUUAAGAGAAGGCAGCUCAAUCAACCAACUGAGAAUUCUAUCCUUGCAGGUUGGAUAUUUCCGACAUUCUCAUUUCCAGACAAAGCUGCAAACUGGCUCUGAUGAUGUUUCACGUUCAUCAAGAGAAUUUGCCAAAAGAAAGGUCCAAAGCAUCGUUGGGAUUUUCUGGGAUUUAGGUAACAAAAAACCACCAAAAACGUUACCUCCUUUUGAGGCAGCUACAAAGAUAAGAAAGGCGGCAGAGAAGUUUGGGUUUGUUAGGUAUAUGAUAGCCUAUGCUAAUGAACAUGCACUCAGUUAUGUUCCACCUGUUGUAAAGAAGAGGAAAGAACAUAAAGUGUCAAAUGACUUGGAGUAUACCUGUAGGGUGUGCGGGAGGAGGUUUUAUACUAACGAGAAGUUAAUAAACCAUUUUAAGCAAAUCCAUGAGCGUGAGAAUAUGAAACGGGUGAAUCAGAUUGAGAGUGCAAGAGGGAGCAGGAGGGUGAACUUGGUGGCAAAAUAUGCAACAAAGAUGCAUAAGUAUAAGAGUGCGUCUAGAGACAUUCUGUCACCAAAAGUUGGGUACGGUUUGGCGGAUGAGUUGAGGCGGGCCGGGUUCUGGGUUAAGUGUGUUCCAAAUAAACCAGACGCUUCAGAUAUUGGUAUAAGGGACCAUUUGUUGAAUAUGAUGGACAAAAAGAUGGUAGAUUGUGUGCUUCUUAUAUCUGACGAUCCGGAUUUUGUGGAGGUUUUGAAGGAGGCGAAGUCAAGGUGUUUGAGGACGGUGAUCGUUAGUGAUGUCCCAGAAGGGGACCUCAAGAGGACCGCUGAUGCUUCAUUCUCAUGGGAGGAGGUAGUGAUGGAGAAGACUAAGAAAGAAGCUGUCGCAGUUGUGAGUCGGUGGAAGGACUGUGAUGUGCUGAAAACAUUGGAAUGGACUUAUGAUCCAGAGAGAGACAGAAAAUACUAUUUAUUAUCUGACAUUGAUAGUGAGGACUGGUCUGAUGGUGAUGAUCAUUUCCUGCAGAAGGAAGACAGUGGAGCAUGGUGGGAGCUUGACUCUUAGACUGCUAACAUGAACGGAUGACCAUCACAGUCAUUUUAAAGAUACACUAGGCUCCGUUUUGUAGCCAUAAUCGGCUUAAUAUGAUUAUUCUUUACUAAAAUAAGUAGCUUUCAACUUACUUGGCUGAAAUGGAUGUGGUUGUUUCCAGAAGCUUUUCCUUUAAAAAAAUCACCCGGUUAAACCAUUUUAGCCACGCACAGCCUUUACUUAAAGGCUAUACAUGAAGAAACUGAAGUGGCAGGCUAUUGGGACAUAUGGGCUCAUUGUGCAUGAGCUAAGACAAUUCCGUCUCAAGAACAUAAUGGCGGUGAUGAUAAUGUUUCUGUUUUGCCACAAUAUGGUUGAUGAAAAGGUUGAAUUUUUCUAGCUACAGAGUGAAUAUAUAGUUUUAUCGGGGAGUUGGUUGAGUUCUACACUUCUACCGCCCUCGCCCCUCGAUAAUCUAUGCUUUCUGUACUAGACAUGGACUGCCCAGCACAAUAUCUAGAAGAGCAAGGAUGUCACAGGCUGCCUCUUUAUAUGUUGUGUAUGUGAUCAUGUCCUGCUCGCCUCACUUGAGUUUUAAAAUAUAUAUGUAGUAAGCUUUUUGUGUUUGAGUUUCUGGGUUGUCUGCAGUCAAUUUCUUUUUUCCACUAUAUAAAGCCAUAAUUCCAACAUUAUAUUCUGAAGCAGUAAAUGUACUGUUGGGUAGACUUUAACUACAUUUCUAUAAUGUUGAGGGUGUAUUAAAAGAUAUGGAGUCGUAAGGUGGAAUCAUGUGAGGG